AUGAAUUGUUCCAAUGUUGGUCGUAAGUCCCCUCAAGACUAUGAGUCAGCACCUUUCCUGGCAGCUUGUUGGACGUACAUCAGCCUCGCUAUUCUCAUCAUGUUCGGCUAUCUGAGAGAUUUUCUUCGGAGGAUCGGACUGGACAAAAAUCAGUCUGCCACGGAGAGAAAUAAGAUGAAGGGAUUUGUUCCUUUAUACGCGUCAUUUGAGGGGUUCUUCAGUAGGAAUAUCUUCAAGCGCGCCAUCCACGGUGCCGGCAAACCGAUCUGCAGCCCUCCCACGGUAGAGGUGGACGUGUUGGAAAGGACGAGUGACGAUGAGAAUUGGCACUUCAGGUUGACAGGAAAGAAGAGGCGAUGUAUCAACCUUGCCUCCUAUAACUACCUGGGGUUUGCGGAAAAGGAUGGCCCUUGUGUACACGCCACAGCCCAGGCCUUGCAGCAGUACGGUGUAGGCGUCUGUAGCAGUAGACAGGAACUUGGGAACUACAAUAUACACGAGGAGCUGGAGACGACAACAGCCAGGUUUCUGGGCGUGGAGGACGCUAUCACCUUCGGAAUGGGUUUCGCCACCAACUCUAUGAACAUCCCAGUCCUUAUGGGUGGUAAAGGCUGCUUGAUCUUGAGUGACGAGAAGAACCAUGCCUCCAUCGUGUUGGGCGCACGUCUGGGUGGAUCUGUCAUCCAGGUCUUUAAACAUAACGAUAUGGACGAUUUAGAGGAGAAACUAAGGGACGCGAUCAUCAGCGGCAGGCCUGGGACACACCGGGCCUGGAGGAAGAUCCUCAUCAUAGUGGAGGGGAUCUACAGUAUGGAGGGCUCCAUCGUCAAGCUACUGGACGUCAUCCGUCUGAAGAGAAAAUAUGGUGCCUACCUGUAUCUGGACGAGGCUCACAGCAUCGGGGCCCUGGGGGAGACAGGCAGGGGGGUGACUGAGUACUGGGGGGUGAACCCCAGGGACGUGGACAUCAUGAUGGGAACAUUCACCAAGGGCUUUGGGGCUGCAGGGGGCUAUAUCGCAGGGUCAAAGAGAUUGAUCAACCACCUUCGAACGUACUCUCACAGCACCACGUACGCGUGUUCCAUGUCAGCUCCGGUAGCACAACAAGUCAUAUCAUCUAUGAGGAUCAUUAUGGGUGAGGAUGGUACGGAAAUAGGUAAACUCAGGAUUGCGCAAUUGGCAGCAAAUGCUAAGUAUUUCCGACGGAGACUUCGGGACAUGGGCUUUGUCGUCUGUGGUGAUGAUGAUUCCCCUGUCGUGCCAUUUCUCGUCUGCGUGCCUGGAAGAAUCUUAGCCGUCAUGGAGGAGCUCUUCGAGAGGAACAUUGCUUGUGUGACGGGAACAUUUCCGGCAACAUCGAUCACGAAGGGUCGGGCCCGUGUCUGUAUCUCUGCUGCCCACACGCAACAAAUGUUAGACAAGGCUUUGGACGCCAUCAGUGAAGUAGGAGAUCGUCUGCAGCUGAAGUACUCCCUCUAACGACCAAGAACAGCUCUACCUGCCGCGGAACGAUACACGUAUACAAGGAAGUGGACAGUCCGGGUCACAGGGAUGACGUUUUACCGACAGAAUCUUGAAGAUGUAGUUUGCUGCCUUUUGUCUGCUUUUGUAUUACAGGCUCGGCAUUAUUUCUAAAGAG